AUGGAUUUGAUAGCUUGUAUGCAGUUCAUCAAUGCUCUGGUUACAACUCCUGACGAUUUGGACUUCCGACUCCACAUUCGGAAUGAAUUUAUGCGUUGUGGAUUAAAAGACCGGCUGCCGCUGCUGAGAUGCAUAAGGAAUGAAGCGUUGGAUAUCCAGAUGAAAGUAUUCAGUGAACACAAAGAAGAAGAUAUGAUUGAAUUUUAUCACCGCUUAGAUGACAUCAGAUCAGAAUUCGAUGAUGCAAAUGAUGUUUUUAAUUUAGUGUGGAAUACCGUUAAGGAUACAAGUGCAGAAAACUACUUUCUUUCUAUACUGCAACACCUCUUGCUGAUACGAAAAGAUAAUUUUAUACGAAUGCAACAUUUCAGGGAGGGGGGGUCAGAACAUUCCCCUCUCCCACCCCCACCCCCAAAUAAGAAUUUAAUCAAGCAUCUUCCCGACCAAAAACAACUCAAUGGAUUAGCCAAGUUGAAGAACGAAUAUAAGAAUUUGUCUGAGCCGGAGCAGUUUGCGAUUGUGGAUGGCUCAACCGAUGCUUCACCCCUGACAUCUCUUGAAGGCCCCACAGGUGGGGUCCCAUCCCCAGGAGCUCCCGCUGGAACGAUUCCACCUCCACCUCCUCCGCCCCCUCUCCCGCCUGCCUUUGCUAGUGGAUCAAAAACCAAUCUUCCUGGGGGUAUUCCGCCACCCCCACCUCCGCUACAUGGAUUGCCUGGGGGCCAACGCUCCCCUGCCCCUCAAUCGCUGCCUUUCGGAUUGAAACCCAAAAAAGAAUUUAAGCCUGAGGUGACCAUGAAGAGAGUCAACUGGUCCAAGAUUAGACCCCAGGAAAUGACUGAAAACUGUUUCUGGAUAAUGGCCAACGAUGGGAAGUAUGAAAGCACCGAUUUGCUGUGCAAGCUGGAACUUACCUUUUGUUGUCAGAAAAAUGUGAAAAGAGACGAAGGCUUUGAAGAGAGGAAACCUGUUAAAAAACGAAUCAAAGAACUGAAAAUCCUGGAUCCAAAGAUCGCACAAAACCUUUGUAAGUCAAUAGCUGUCAUUGUUUGGAAAGACAAAAAUAAUUGA